AGCUGAUCAGAGAUCAAGUAGCCAUGUUUGUCAAAGUCAUUUUUAAUCUGGAUUGUUUUUUCUGUGGGUUUUUUUGUGUCUAGUCUCCAGAUCAGGAAGUUUCAUGUUGUGAAGUAAUUUUGAUAAUAAAAUGACUCUGCUCAUCUACUUAAUCGGAAUGUGAACUAUAUAAUUCAGUGCUAUCUGAUUUCAAGUGGUUUUUGUGAAUACUUGUGUGUAUCUCAUAGGAACACUAUUGGUAAUGGAAUUAGCCGUCAUACUCUAACCUCUACAUUCUUGUUUGUUUUGAUACCACAUUUAUGAUCUCAGUGUGUUAAUAUAUUCAUAUUUUAAUCUUAUAUUUUCAUGAUGAACCAUUCUAAUGAAUCGCUACCUGAUAAUCAAAAAGAACGUAAAGGAUUGGAUGGUGCAAUUGCUUCGCAUUACGCCAUGCAAGUUGCCCUUCAAACCAUGAAGGAAAGAUGUCAACUUCUGCAACAGAGAUUGUCCUCCGUAGAAGAAGACAAUCUUCGACUUCGAAUUGAGUGCCAGAACAACAAUCGAGAUAAGACUGAUGUACCACAACAUUCUAACCAUAAAAAGUAUGAAGAACAGAUUACGCAGCUUGUACGUGAGAAGUCGCAACUUCAAAAUCGAAUUUCUAUGGUUGCUAAGGAAAAUAAUAAACUGUGGACUAGGCUUUCAAAACUCACUGAAGCAAAUCAGUCUUUGGGAGACCACAUGUCUAAAAUAUCGGAUACACUUAAUAAGCACCCAAUUGGAGAAAGUUCUAUUCUCAUUGAUUCCAGUCAAAAAUUGCAGAAAGAUGAUUCAGUCGAAACAGAGGAGAGUCUAGAAGAGAUUUCGCUGAAAAUAAUCGAUGGCAUCAAAAAAGAAAAAGAAGAACUCGAACAUCAAUGUAAACAGAUGGCAGAACUGAAGACGGAGACCGGCGUUAGCAUUGGAGAGUGCGAGUUUGCUCUGAACGGGGGUGCGAUGGAGGGCGUGGAAGAGGGGGGUGAGGCGGUCACUGAUGAGCUGCGACUGUUGAGAGAGAAAAUGCGACUCGAUUUGGCCACGCUCAGGGACCAGCAGACUGAGCUCAGGGCGGCUCUCAAGCUCAUAGGCGAAAAACGGUGCAAAAAAUGCGCCGACCGCGAGAAGAAGGAGAAGGAGGCCGAGGAGAGUCGAUCGAAGGUAAUCGACAAUACCGACUCACGGCGAAGCCUUCUAGAUAUGGACGACUUGCAACGUCAGCUGGCAGAAGUGGCAGAACCGCCGUGCGAUGGCAUGCCUCAUCGCAUGCCUCAUGGCUUGCAAGAUGGCAUGCCACAAGAGGGCGAAGUCAGCUGUGAGGAGCGUAUCUGUCCUAUGUGCGCUCAGUACUAUGCGGCUGACGUUCCUUUCGACCAAUUCAACGAUCAUGUGUUGGGCCAUUUCAGAGAUAUCAGCGAGCAAGACACUGAGCCCGAUUCGAUUAUUAAUCGGUUUGAGGUUUUACCGGAAUUUCUAGGUAGCGCAUCAACCCCCCGAUAGUGCCUCAAUAUUCAAUAAUAUUAUUUCAGUCAGUUAUUGAAAAAACGUUACUAAUAUUAUCAUGACAACAACGAUUUUGUGUUAUGUAUAAACACAUUUCACGAGAAUUAUUUGUUAUUACAAUUGCGCAUUUAUACUACUUACUAUAAAACAAAAUUUAUUUUUGUAUGGAAUUCACAAUUACAGUACUUAGAUUCAUCAAGUAUUUUAUUAAGAAAUAAGAAUAUUUACAACGUUAUCAACGGGUUUUAGUAGAUUUCAGCAUAGAGAAACAAUAGCGUAGGUAGAUAUCCCAUGGUAUAGGGCGUUUAUGUCGCAACUUUUACUGUAAUCUCAAGCCGAUUAUUGUCGAUUUUUACUGUUUUGUCCGGGUAAGAGUGUAUGAACAAUAAGAGUGACUACCAGCGUCAUAAAGCUUCACAGGAAAGAAUUACGUGGACUAUCAGCUUGAGAUAACAGUAAAAGUUGCGACAUAAACGCCCUAUACCAUGGGAUAACUACUUAUGCUAUUGUUUCUCUAUGAUUUCAGCAACCGUAUGAAAACUUUCGAAUAAACUUUGAAUUAUUGUGAUAAAAGAAACGCCGUUUGUUUCAGAUUACUUCUCAUCUAGAUUUUAGUUUAGUAUCUUCUUUUUUAUAUCAUGGUUAAUGGCAGUAGGAGGUACCUUAUAACUUACUAGAUUCUUAGCAAUAAAAGGUAAAUUUUAAGUACAUAUUUGAUGUUAAGUGAAGACUGAUGUGUUACAAAUGUAUUGAGGAAUGUUAAAGAUGAGUAAGGAACCCUUUAUAGUUGAAUAAAAUAUAACAUAGGUGCUGAUAAUCGAUUACGUUAUAAUUAUAGUCAACUUUGUUACUUUCCUUGCCUUACUAUCGUAAAUUUAACCCUACUUUCAUAUCCCUUUUUUUCAAUUACAAUUCAUGUACUAGUAGCUUAAUCAUUCUUAUUUUGAAUUCUAGAAACAUAUCAUAUCAUUGAUAUCUUAUCCUUGCUAACUGUAUGAUCAUUAUAGCUGUAAAAUUAUUCAAAUCAAUCUUUCAUUUUGCAAUUCUCAAACUUCAAAUCGUAACAAUCAUUGAUAUUUCAUCAAUGCUAAACAUAAAAUCAUAAGAGUAUUAAAGUUGUUUCUAAUUUUCGUUUUAUAUUGCAUUUAUUAAAUUAGAAUCAUAUCAAUCAUACAUUGAUAUCAUGUAUCUCAUUCAUGUCAUACUACUUAGAAUCAUGAGAGCAUUACGAUCAAUUUCAGUUGUAUCAGAGACAAAUGAUACAAGUAUCAAACGGAAACUUAUAGUUGUACUCAAGAUAGUAUUUAGGCAGAUACACUUGAAUUUUUAAAUGUUUUCGAUUAAAUUCUAGAACUCGAAAGAUUAAUAUUUAUUAGUAAUGAAAAUGAUUAAGUUGAGUUCAGUCCUGUUAUUCUUCUCUGAGAUUAACAGUAGAGAUGAAAGUACUAGUAGGCAAGGUAGUAGUUCAAUUAUCCUCAUUUUGUAUUUCUCAAACUACGUAAAAAUCACAUCUUAUCAUAGAUAUUUUUAUCCAAUAAGUCAAUCUGUUUGGCUUAGGCUGUGGGAUUUUGGCAAUAUAGUUUGAUGAGUAUCAUUUGGAAGCGAGAACAAAGAUAGAAUAAGAAGAUUUUGUUAUAUUAAUGUAGCCUACAUACAAUUAGUAUGUUCAUACAAUUUGAUGGUGUGUGAAACAUUAUAAUUUAAUAUGAAAGAAGUUGAUUUUAUAGGUAGGCUAAAGGAAGAGCAGAACAUACUAUUAUCAUCUAAGUAAUGAUAGUAAAGUACGUGUUCUUGGAAAAAUAGUUUUUGAAAAAUCAAUUUUUCAAAAAUAUUGCGCGGAUUAAUAUCUUCUUUUUCUAUGCCACCAUUGUUUUCUAUGCCUAUAGUAUUGGAUAAACAUCAUUAUUAGUGUUGUCAUUACUAUUAUUACAAGUGUAUAUAAUAAUUAGUAGUCAAUGUUUUAUGUAGUCUAUGUAUUAUUUGUGUAAAACUUCAUGAAAUUAUUGGAAGGUGUUUAGUGUUAUUGAAAUCGAGCUUAUAUAUUGUUGUUUAAUCAAAAUUAUAUUUUUCACAUUAACGUUGACUUCUUAUAGAAUAUAGAAACAACCCAAUCCUGAAAUAAAGUACAGUAUUUUUAAA